AUGGUUGGAAACAGACGCGUGGACCUACAAAAUUUGGGCCUCUUCCUCAUCACGACCAUCACCUUCCUGCCGCCGUCACCACCCCGAAAACCCAACCUCCCCAAGCCUAAACUCCGCCCCACCCCCCUUCCAUACAACCCUUUCCUCGGCUUGGACACGCUCAACGAUCACCUCAAUCGGGGAAGUCACAUCCAACUACGAAAUCAAGCAGAGUCGAAACUAAGCAGAGAUCAAGCUGAGCGCACGCUUGUUUUAUCUCAUGAACGACAGCCUUCAGGCGAGCCGCUCCCUCCGCCUCCAGCACAUCACAAUCCCAACGCUGUAGCAGAGCGGUUCCCUGCGCUAUCACCCACAGAGGCCACGGAGGAUCGGCGAUAUUCACCUUUCAAAGGCAACCCACCUUUACGACCCUCCCAGGCGUUGAAUUCCAGACGAAGGUUUGAGUUUAGAUCGCAAGCAAAUCCGACGACACCAAUGCACUCCAAAAUUAGAGCUCCACAAGCCGCCGUCGCUCAAGUGAGAAACACCAGUCCGAUCAUUUCUGUGGCCAUCAGCAACGUUAACGGCGGACAAGUACGCGGAAUGCACGCCCUGCAUUGUCAGACGGCGUUGGCAGCGGCAGAAAAUACUCAAUUCAACAGCAUGAGAUUGGAGCAGGUAAAUGAUUCAUAUCCACCCCCAGAAACGAUCCCCAGCCCACUAACACCAGGUAUAUGCGGGGGUGGCUCAGAAGUCGACGCCGACGUAGUAAGCGACGAAAGGGGGAGAGUGGACGUCGGCGUGGACGAAAGUGAAGACGAAGAUGAAGAACUACCAAUCGACGACGUAGUCGAGAAGUACGCCGACGUGGGGGUGACGAGGGACGGCGUGGAAGCCACCGUCGUAUCCGUCUGUGUCUGGAUCGUAGGCCUAAUCCCUGGAAGCUGGGUGGGUGAAUGCGGAGCGACGACGGGAGGGACAGUGGUUGGGCUCAAAAGGAGGUUAUGGACGGGUACACCUGCAGCGGACACGUUCCUCGCACCCAAGGGACUGGGGCUCCUGCUCCUAAAACUCAACGGGCUGGCGAAGCCACUGCUCCGAGAAGCAGGAGCCUCCACAGACACCUGCUCCUCUGCUUGCGAGUCGUCGAUGGACGCGAGGAUGGACGCGGCAGAGUCCAGAACAGAUGGAACGGACUGCUCCAGUUGUUCGGUCGACUUUGCGCGUGAUACUCGGUGGGGGUUGGGCGGGUGGUGGGGGAGUGUAGGCGGAGAAGGGAUAACGGGAGGUUCGAUAUCCCGUUCGAAGAUCGCCGAUGAAGACGAGCGGCUGUGGUUAUCGUGUCAGAUCGGGAAGGGUACAUGUGAGCCGAGGCUGGAGGUCAUAUGGCGUAAAUCGACUGCUGGAGGAGAGUGGGCACGAAGAGUGGCUGUAGAGCUCAUUAGUGGUGGCAUGCGGAAUAAAGAGGAAGAAGACUUGCGAGAGAGGGAUUCUGGUGAUGAUGCCAUGAUGGUAGACGAUGGUUGGAUGUUUGUUGUGGUGGUUGAUAUGGAGGACGUGUUGUGUUCAUUCCACGCGAUUUCUUAUCUUCCUGGAACACAGCUCGCCAUCGAUUCAUCCAUCUAUCGUCAAUCGCGGAGGCGCGAUAUCAUCUACCAAACACAACAGACCUCAACAUCCUUCUUAGCUCAGUUGGUAGAGCGCGUCACUAGUAAUGACGAGCCCGCUCCAAGUACGGGCUAUCUCGGCCUAAGCUUCAAUCUACUCGAAGGAACGUCGCACCCGACACGCGAAUCCCUCCGCAUCACCGCCGUAGUACCGUCCUGCAUGUGGAGACCGACACUGCGAAUCUCGCUUAGCCUAACGCUCUCUCAAGCUUUUCCCCCCGCAACAGCUCUAUCACGAUCCUCCGCCCAUCACUACAUUGGCGGACACGCGAUACAUACUGUAACAACGAGUGGCAAGCUAGUCGUCCGAAUCGGCUCUAGCUAUCUGCGACGCGUCUUCGUUUGA